UCAGUCAAUCACCGCCUGAGAGAGGGAGAGAGACGAUGAGAGAUGGUGGGAUUGAGUAUUCUCCUCGAGGCCCAUAAAAAUCUUAACAAAAGCCCACAGGUCAUCAACAAAAUUACGAUGAUCAUGAGACCCACGCCGCCACCACCACCACAACCUCCUCCUCCUCCACCUCCAUCUUCGUCGUCGUCUUCAUCAUCAUCGCUAGCGCUGUGUUCUUCGUCAUCACCUCUCCCGGAGAUUUCGUUUCUCGACGAAUGUUUUCUCUGUAAACAGAGGCUUUUACCCGGCAAAGACAUUUACAUGUACAAAGGAGAUCGGGCUUUUUGUAGCGUGGAGUGCAGAUAUACGCAGAUCUUCAUGGACGAAGAGAGCGUUAAAAGAGAAAACUGUUCUUUUGCUGCCAUGAGACCUACAUCGUCGUCGUCUCGUCAUCGCAGAGGCACCAGAAACCGAGCGGGUGGAUAGAUAGGAUUUGAAGUUUUGCUCUUGCAUAGUCUGAGAGUCUGAGAGCAAAAACGCGGACACGGUUGUUUCUCUUUUUGUUUUCUUCUUCAGUUUUACGAUUUUACCCUUCUACAGCAAUGUAAUUACCUGAGAGACGUCUUUUUAUCGUUUUCUUUGCUUCCUUGUAAGAAACCAAAAAGUUCCUGAAACUGGCCAGUUCGUGUUCACUGUUUCCCCUACCGGAAGCCGAGACCUUUUUUUUUUUCUUUUUUAAUUUGUUUUGUGUUUUUUAUUAACUCGCCACCGGAAACGCACAGGAUAUUUGAUCGCCGGCGAAGUAUGUUUUGCUGCUCUUAAAAUCUUAAAAUCUUAAUUAAUAUCUGAUUAA